GUUCGGUCGGGAGCGGUGAGGGUGGGUCUUCGCGUCAUUCCGGUUCGAUUCUGUGUGUGAGUGCCUUCUGCCCCAUUCCGGGUUUGGUUUUGGACUUGCUGCCGUGGUUUCACGUCUUCGAGUUCGAGGGGUGAGAGCCCAGCAUGCCCGUGGUUGCAGUACGAGAGGAUUCCGAAUCGGAACUGUGCAGGCCAGAAACUCCUGGAAAAUUGUGCCAUUCGAUUGCCGUGCCCCAGUACAAAGAUGUCGUCAUCGUCGGUAACGGACCAUCAGCCAUCACAUUGUCAUACAUGUUGGCGGGGAACUGGCCCUACUAUCGGGGCACGCCCGUUCAGGACAUCUUCCUGCAGGAAAGGCUACGGGGUGUGAUGGGGAAGUCUCUCCUAGAGGUGGACCUAGAGGACUUAUCCCAGGGAUUGGAGGGGAGGAGCAGGAACCCGAUAUCCCUGCUCUAUGACGCUUUGGUUCAUCCCGGAGCUGAUCUGGGGAAAGACCGUGGAACCACCCUGCGUUGGCGUUUCAAACCCAACAAGGUCGUGGACCACGUUGCUCUUGGCCGAGGACUUCCCGGUGGAUCUUGGCAGUCAAUGAACGAGAGUGCUCUGACGAUCAGCUUUGGGAGCUGGAUGGACCUGCCCAAGUUCAAAUUCCGAGAGUGGCAAUUCCGAAAGAUGCCCACAACAGCGCAGGAAGGUCGUGCUACCAUCGGAGACGUGUCUCAAUACUACUUGGAUUACGUAGUCCAUCAAGGCUUGAAGCCUCACUUCCUGAACAACACCCUCGUGACCUGCGCUUUCCAACGAACCGAGCCCACGGAAACGGAAUCCGACUCUCCCCCCUUCUGGGAGGUGCACGGACAAAGCGAAGACGGGCCCGUCCGAUACGUGACGCCGCACUUGGUCCUCGCGUGUGGCACCAGCGACAAGCCCAACCGCCUCGACAUCCCCGGCGAGGAUCUCUCGUUCGUCGUGCACACUCUCAAGGAGCUGGAGGAGUCCUUCGAGCGCCGGGGAAGACUCGAGGAGCUUAUGGUUGUCGGUGCUGGACUUUCCGCUGCGGACGCGAUCAUCGCCGCCCUUCGGAGGGGGAUCAAGGUGAAGCACGUGUUCAGGCGGGCGGCGAACGACCCCGGACUGGUUUUCAACUCUCUGCCUCCUGCUCUUUAUCCGGAGUAUCAUCGCGUGUACAGCAUGAUGAAAUCGGGGAGCACCGAGAACUACCGAUGCUUUCCUCGUUCGAAGCUCAUCGGGAUUCGUUCGAAUGGGAUCGCUCUCGUCGAGGGAGUCCACGGAUGCGGGAAGAUCCCUGUCUCCUGCGUUGCCCUCCUCAUCGGUACCAAGCCUGAUCUAGGAUUCUUGGAUCCUGAAAUCUGGGAAGCCCUGUCUGCUGGCGCGCAUCCGAAAUUCGGUCGCUUGUCUUUGGAUGUCGACGCCUUGACGAUGGAGAGUCGUUGCUUCCCGGGGUUGUAUGCCCUGGGUCCGUUAGCUGGUGACAAUUUCGUUCGAUUCAUUCAAGGUGGCGCCCUUGCAGUGGCGAAGCGGAUCCACGAGAAUCUCGGGAACAUCCCCAAGGCUCUCCCUUCCCCGGCGGACAAGGAUUCUAGUAUUCCCGUGCCCCGGGCCUGUGAUGUGAAAUGUCCAACCCCAUAGCAUCAGGCGCCGAGAACAUGGUGUGAUGCGUUUUUGGAUCUUGAUCAUCUCGUGGAUGAGUAAUGCAGGUUCUCUCUCUAGAGGCGUUCAUUCCCGGUUCGAGCCGUUCUCGUUCGGUCAGGGAACACUUUCUAAGUCGUUCUUUCCUCGACAUACCUCGUCAAGUUUGAUAUCGUUUCUACGUAUGUGAGAUUCUUAGGGCAGCAAUGCCGCAGAUUGAAUGGAUUGAAUGGUGCCUGCACUCUUUUUCAUGACUCACAAGAGCUCGUUUUCGAUUCAUAAUUCAUAUUGAAUGCGUGCUAGUUUUUUUUUCUUCAUUUCCUUGGUAACAAGGGAGAAAUCGUGCCAUACUUUUCUGCGUGCUAUAGGCUUUGAGAAACAUCGAUGCAUCCCAGUGUCAGAAAAGCAUACGGAACGGCGGGGUGCUUCGAAUCACAUAUCUUCGUCACUGUGCUCAUAGUCCCCUGUCCCUCCUUGCCCAGUUGUUGCCAGCUGUAUUUCGAAUGUGGUUGAUUGUAGUUUUUCUUACCUUUCGAGGUCGGGCUUACGUCUGUGAUGAACGGUUGCUCAUACACUUAUCUUCGCCUUUCAUCCUUUUUUUUUUCUAAACUGAUUCUUUCCUGUGACUUCAUAGUGUAUAGACAUGCUGAUGGGUUUAGGUUAGGAUUUAUAUUAUAUAUGCAUAGGGAUUCUCGGUGUCUUCGUUUUUGUCGGUUCCUCAAUGAGGGAUGCUGCGAUCCCAUGUUCUGCCUUCGUCUUCUUUUUUAGUAUUAGUAUGCAUGUGGAGUCAUGAUUAUGCUUCCAUGAUGGAAACACAUAAAUGACCUGGUCAAGUCUUGUCCGUAGCCUGCCACUCUGCCAUGAUCAUACGACAUUUUCUGUUUUAAUUGUGUGAGUGUAUGUGUGUGUGUGUGUGUGUGGGGUCGUCGUGGAAAAAGAGAAAUGCUCACACCGUUGCUUUACGCACAUUAUUCCCUAGCACAGAUCUCACGUGAAAGCAGGGACCAUAGGCGGGCCCGUUUUCGACCUUAAAAACUCGAUUGCAUGACCCUUUCAUGAUUGCUCUUGGCCUUCAGCACUCCUUCUCUAUAAUGACCCUGUUCCUGCAAAGACAAUCUUGAUGUAGACCUUUCUUUCGUGGAUAUAGUGUUCUUGUCAGCGUAAUGCACGAGAACAGUCCCCAAAGCCCAUAGUUGACACACUCAAGAUACGUUUCGUUUGCUACUGACUCAAAUCUCAUAUGUUUAGGCAGAAUACUUGGUCCCUUUCGUUCACCUUUGUUAACAUCGAUGUGACUCCAUGCCAUACUUGCCGAUAGGUCGACCUUAAGUUUUCGUACUUAUUGAACCAUGCUGACAGGCUGAAUCCUUUCUGUACCAGUCGGUUUGUAUGGCUUUUUCCACAAAAUGAUUCAUAUUGUCAUCUUAUAUUGAUGUGAAUAAACCGGA